AUGACCGGAAGCUCGAGAGUCCAUGAACCAAUUGGCCGUCCUCAUCCUAUCACACGCUCUGCGACUACCAUGGAGUUGACAAAUGUUAAUUUACUCGGUCGCUUCUGGUGGCUUCUAGCUCUCUUGUUAUUUUGGUCCCAAUACAACUUAGAGGCUUCGAGUGUCCAUCAGCAGCAUACAGUGGUUCUCGGGUACCAUCGACAAGAUGACGGUGGAGUUCCUCUGACAGAACCUGCCGAACUUUCUUCGGCCGUGAUCACUGAUUAUAUUGCAGAAAUAUUGCGGUUACUUAACGAGCAGGCGGACUGGAUGCGAGUUUUCAAUACCUUCAAUUGCCUUGGGCUUGGCUUCAAACUCGGGCUUCACAAACCGUCUGUUCUAGUUUUUAGAACCACUUCAGGACAGUAUUGCAUCGGAGACACGAGACCAUCUUUUAAUUCUUCAGCCAUUGGGUUCACAUGGACUAGACGGACAUCUUCUUCCGUGGUGCGAAUGGCUGUAGCUUCAUGA